UUUUGACAUGGUCCUCCGUCUGGGUCGUAAUUCCACUCUGACGCUGUUACGGGAGGAGUUUCCCAAUUUGGGGGCCGGAGCCAGUGGAGCCGUCACACAGUUAUUCCUGGAAAUGUCCCUCUACAUCCUGGGCUCUGAUGCUAACGUAAACGACAUGGUCUCAACCUUCUUCUCCCGACUUUUUCCUUUCACCUACCAGCGUCUCCUUGGCAACGGGGCAGUGACAAGCAUCUCGGAGGAAUGCCUCCGUGGGGCCUGGAGUGGAACCUCUGCAUUCGGAUCGUUUCCCAAGAUGAUGAUGACCCGGCUGUCUCGCUCGCUCCUGGCCACUCGGGUCUUCCUGCAAGCGCUGAACCUGGGCAUCGAAGUGGUCAACACCACCCAGCACCUGCGUGCGGGCAGGGACUGCGGCCGCUCGCUGCUGAAGCUCUGGUACUGCCCGCACUGUCAAGGCCUGCUGGAGGCCCGGCCGUGCCGCUCACUGUGUGUCAGCACCAUGGGGGCGUGUCUGGGGGGAGCGAUGGAGGUGCAGCCUCACUGGAGGUCAUACGUGGAGGAACUGGGGUCACUCGCUGCUGCCAUGAAGGGGGAGCAGGACAUCGAGGCCGUGGUGCUCAGACAGCACGUCAUUAUCAGACAGGCUCUCAAACAAGCCGUGGCGGCCAAAAGCAAAGUCAGCGCACAGGUGAGCGGGAUAUGUGCACACGCACCCUCGCGGGUAUCUCGUGCUGCGCCGAUGUCAGCAGAACACGCGGCUGCCUCGCUGGUGGCCCACAGUCGUCCUACGGUGAACUUUGACCCCGGUGAGACCCUCUUUGGACGGCGCAGGGAGUUUAUCUCGGGUCUGAGGGGCUUCAGUCAGUUCUACAGUGGCCUGGGAGAAGCUUUGUGCAGCAAAGAGCCGACGGCACUCAACCGCUCCCUCUGCUGGAACGGACAGGAGAUGACAGACAAGUUUCCUGGUCCAGGGCUAAAGAAAGUCCAUCCACACGGCUCAGAAUCCAGACAAAAGCCUCCUGAACCCGUCAUCAGCCAGAUCAUCGACAAACUCAAGCACAUCAAUCAGCUUUUGCGGAUGGUGACGUUGCCUGAAAAGCGAUGGAGAGCUCGACCAGGAGAGGGUGCUGCGAGGAGAGACCCAGCCGGACAUGGUCAGGCAGACGAGGAUGAGGAGGGUCUAGAAAGCGGGGACUGUGAUGAUGAAGAUGAGUGUACUGGUGUUUCUGGACUCGGGCCGCCCCCGAGACGCAAACGCCUGCGCAUCUUUGCAGAUUUGGCGGAUAACUUGGCGAUUGACGACUUAACACUUCAUGAGUUGCUCCUGACUCCCAGACUGGCCACAGACACCCAUGGCGGAGCAUCCGUACCUGGAGCGGCACAGGCAGCAUAUGUUCCUAGUGCAACCUUUAUCUUUACCAUCAUCAUCUUCAUAAUGUUGGGUCUUCAGUGAUCACACCUGUUUGAAGAGAAACUCUACUGAUGCCCAUGUGUACAUAUAGCUCCAUGAUUUUGGCCAAGGACAAGAACCUAUCCUCUUCUCAGCCUCAAGUCUUACUAUAUGAACCUCUUCUUUUCUAUAUUUUGUGUGGACCUGAGGAUCAAUAUCAUCUAAACGCUCAGACUAUGAACUCAUUCUUCUACAGCAUGAAGAGCAUUACUUAUACAUACAAGAAUCAUGUUCUUUCCCUCCGAACUCGUAUGCCACACAACAGCCAUGUGUUUUACAUUGAGCAUCACCUCCCCUCUUCUAUACACAUGCAGUUUUACACAAAGGCCAAAGCCUUCUGGAGGAAAAGGAGCUAAAUCGCUUUUGAAAAGACAAAGAGGCUCAGCUUUUGUGAGUGAAUGGGCACACUUAAGGAGAAGGAAGCGUGACUGACAGAGUCUGAGAACACGUACAAGCACUCUAGUGGUGCAGGCUGUCUCUCAUACAUACAUUGCAGUGAGCUUCUCCUCAGCCGCUCAUUUCCUGUGCAGUAAAUGACCCUUGGAGUGGAGGACAUCAAGGCAUCGGCAUGUCGUUGUGAAACCCUCUCCUUACAGGAUGACACAGUUGUACUUCAUUUACAAAAAAAUGCUUUUAAACUGUUUUAUUAGAAUGCUGACAUUCCCUUUUCAGAAAUUGUGGCAAUUUAUAAUCUCUCUUUGAUUUUGUCGCUCAUUAUCUCUCUUCCUUUUUCUUUCAUUUCCUCUAUUCUUGUAUUAUAAUCGUGUGAUUAAAGCGUUCUUUUAAAUGGACACCCACAAAACUUCCUGUUUUAACUCCCUCCUUUCGCAAGUCACUGUAGCAUUUGCAUUCAGUGAAAGAUGGCUUGAUGGAUUUGUGCAUC